UUAUUAAGACCGCAAUUCGCAUGGGAUUCGUGUCAGAGGAGAUUUGUUUCUGUUGUAGCAGACUAGCAGCUUAUAGUGCUCUCAAUGUUUUACAUCAAAUUACUUCAAAUGUGUUUCUGCAAAUACAUAAUUAUUAAAUAAUAAAAAUUAUCACUGUUUGUUGAUACAGUAGUAUGCGGGUGUCAUACAAACCUUCUCCUUCGCAUUAUUAUCGUGCGCCAUCCAACUGCCUACAUUACGAAUACAACGCUCUCCGAUCGGACGCAGCAAACUCUUUAGAGAUGGUAGAUGCUAAGAGGCGUGUGACUUUCGAGGCUGCGGACCAUCCUGUUAAUGGAGUAUCGAAAUUGUCAGGACAAAUGGCGACAGCACCAAUUACCACAGAUGGAUAUUUUGGGGAAAACGUCGGUCGCCACAUGCGAGUACCUAACCAAAUCCGUCCAUAUGACGACGACGCAGCACAUCCAGUCUUGCAGGGAAGUGCGUUCAAUGCGAGAGGAUCUAUCACUGCUCAUCAAAUGAAUGUGCCCGAUAGGAUUCUUGUGGCAGGCAAUGACCAACACAUGGGGCUUCGUGAUCAGCGCCCGCGCGAACUGGACUUCGACGACAUGCUGUAUGGAUUCCGCACGGAUGUGGCGGUGCCCGUGCACACACCGCCCCGAACACUGACCGUCGGACAGCAUGAAUUUCUCUUCCCGGACAGUCAGAAGAUUUCCCUGGUGGUGGACGGGCCCGUUAUUGCUCCCUUUUUUGGUUCGGCAUUGACAGAUAAUAACAUUGAACAGGCCAUGAUUGCUCAAGCGGAACGGAAUAUGAUCCCUGUUUCCAGAACACCAAAGAGUGUGACGCGUCGGUCGGCUUCCGCUGUGGCCACUCCAACUUCCGUUCGAGCAGCUCUUCCGGAUACUCCUGGCGGACGGCUGGUAGUGGACUUGUAUAAGCGUGUAGAGGCUUUGGAAAGAGAAAACUACCGUCGAUAUUUGCGUGAAAUGCUAAGUUAUGCUUUGAUCAUUGGGUAUGCAGCCAUGAAGGGUCUAUCAUUUUUUCUGAAGCGCUAAUUAAGUUUGGUCAUUUAAUUGCGAACUACUUUUGUGAGAGUGGAUGUUUUGAUUUGUUUUAGCCGUUUACUUUUUCUUCGCCUGGAAGGCUUGUGCAAAUAUUAUUUAUUGAACCAAAAUCUCGGGA